AUGGCCUACAUCGACUACGAAAAGGCAUUUGACUCUAUGCCAAUACAAGUAGUAUUAGAAGCUAUUCGAAGACAAGGAGUAGAGGAAGUCUAUUGCCAGUAUGGCACAAAAUGCCUAAUAAAACGUCUGCAGCGAAGUCGAAUAGACGCGCACACAAGAAAGUGCCUCUCUCCCUCCUCGACAGGAGCCGCCAGGCACACGGUGGACGACGUGCCUGUGGAACUGUGCACUCACGCCAUCUACGCCUUCGCCGUCUUGGACGCCGACUCGCUCGUCGCCAGAGAGCACGACGCGUACCUGGACAAGGCCGCCGGGCUCGACAACUACCGUCGCUUCGUCACGCUCCGCGAACGGAAUCCGCAAGCCAAGAUGUUGCUCGGCCUGGGCGGCUGGACCGAUUCUCGCAGCGACAAGUACUCCCGGCUGGUGUCGGAGCCGCAGCGUCGCGCCGCCUUCGUCAGCCACGUGGUCUCCUUCCUGCAGGAGUAUGGCUUCGACGGACUGGACUUGGACUGGGAGUACCCGGGGUACCAGAGCUCUCCUCAGGAUAGGGAAGGGUUCCGCCUGUGGGUGGAGGAGCUCCGCGCUGCCUUCUCGCCCCACGGCCUCCUGCUGACGGCGGCCGUGUCCGCGGGGAGGGACGUGAUCGAUCGGGGCUACGACGUCCCCGCCGUGGCGGAGGCGCUGGACCAGAUCCACCUGAUGAGCUACGACUUCCACGGGUCCUGGGAGGGGCGGGUCGCCCACCACGCGCCGCUGUUCCCCGCCCCCGGCCAGGAGAAGGAGCUCUCGGCUGACUUCGCCGUCAGGCACUGGAUCAAGAGGGGCGCGCCUGCGUCCAAGCUGGUCCUGGGCGUCCCCUUCUACGGCCGAUCCUGGACCCUGGCAGGCGCCGACGCCUCGAGCGGAGCGCCGGCUUCUGGCGCCGGGCGCCCUGGACCUCUGCUCAAGGACGCAGGCACCAUGGCGUACUACGAGAUCUGCCAGGCGCACCAGCGUGGAGGCUGGAGGAAGGUCUCCGGCCCAGACGGACCUCACCUCACCCACGGAGACCAGUGGGUCGGCUACGACGACAUUGCCGCCAUCAGGAAGAAGGCGCUGUACGCCCAGCAGAAGGGCUUGGGAGGAGUCAUGGUCUGGGACAUCGCCACGGACGACUUCCGGGGCACCUGCGGCAGGGGCGCCAACCCGCUGCUGUCGGUCAUAGCGAAGGUGCUGACGGGCUCCAGCCCCGGGUCCUCCGCCCGGCCGCCCACCGCCAGGCCUAGCACUCCCCGCCCAGUCCAGCCAACGACUCUCCGCCCCGUGCGACCAAGUCCCUCCCGCCCCACGCCCACGACGCCCUCACCGGGGGGCCAGGUGAACAAAUCCGAGUGCAAAUAUUAA